AUUCCUGCCGUCAUAGGAAUUAUGGUGACGCUUUGGUCACCUUUUUAAAACAUUUCAUGGCUUUUUCCCGACGUUUUUGUGACUUUUUCAAUGUUUUGGGCACGUUUUUGGCGCUUUCUCUAAAGUUUGCAGGUCUUCUUUCAGUGUUUCUGACAGUUUUUUCAUUGUUGUUGUUGCUUUUCCGAAAAACUUUUUUCCACAACAAUUUUUUUUUACAUUUUCAGCGCUUAUUUUGACGUCCCGUAUUUUCUGUUGUAAAGACCCAAGGACAACAUGAGGCUUAAGACAAGAUAGACUUUAUUGAUGAUGAGGAGCAGUACUGCCUGCAACACGAGACUCUGCUCUCAGGUCAAUGGUCAGUGCAUCACAGGAUGGCAAGCUUCUCGUCUGGGACUGCUACACAGGGAACAAGUUGGUUGCUGUCCCACUAAAGUCAGCUUGGGUGAUGAGCGUCGCGUUCGCCCCCUCCGGUAACCUGGUGGCCAGCGGCGGUCUGGAUAACAUGUGCACAGUGUACAACAUCAAGGCUGCCAGCCCCAAGACCCUCAGGGAGCUGGACGCGCACACAGGUUACCUGUCUUGCGCUCGUUUCCUUAGCGACAGUGAGAUCCUCACAGCCUCCGGCGACACCACCUGCUGUCUGUGGGACCUGGAGACUGGCAAGCAGAAGAUCAUCUUCACCAACCACAUUGGAGACUGCAUGUCGCUGGCUCUCUCCGCCGACAUGAACACCUUCAUCUCUGGAGCCUGUGACUCUCUGGCCAAGCUGUGGGACCUGAGGGAAGGGACCUGCAAGCAGACCUUCUCCGGACACACCAGCGACAUCAACGCCAUCAAUUACAUGCCCAAUGGACAUAGCUUCAUCACAGGCUCCGACGACUGCUCCUGCAAGAUGUACGACCUGCGCUCCGACCAGGAGGUGAUGAACUACCAGGACACCACCCUGAACUCGGGCGUCACGUCUGUAGCUCUCUCCAACUCAGGCCGCCUUAUCUUUUCCGGCUACGACGACUUCAACUGCCACAUCUGGGACUCACUGAAGGGAGAGAAAGUUGGUGUGCUGUCCGGCCAUGACAACAGGGUGAGCUGCACCGGCGUCCCCGAUGACGGUAUGGGCGUCUGCACAGGAUCCUGGGACAGCUUCCUCAAACUGUGGAACUGAGGCGUCCCGGCAGAGGAAAACACCGGGCGAGGGAGAGGAGGAGAGGAAGAGGAGGAAAAGGGGGAGGAAAAGGGUGAAGAUAGGGAGGAGAAGAUGGGAAGGAAAUAAACAAGUGAGGUGCACCGGUGUUUGGAGCGGAGAUCUUCCUCUUUUUUUCUUUUUCUCUCUCCCUCUCUACUUCUUCCUUGUUCGCGUAUGCAAAACAUGAGAGGUUGCGAAUGAGUCACGUUGUAUAAAUGGCGUCACAGAAACAGCGCACGAUGCAUCCCGCUGUAUGUACAAGAGAGUUUUAUUGUUGUCGGGAUGAUUUAAAACACUUUAAAAUAUAAAAAAAAAAAUAAUAAUUAAAAAAUAGCACGUUAUUCAGAAUGAUUACCGAGCAGAAAAUAAGCUCUUAUUGAGAAUGUCAAUUAAACACAAAUAGAUUUUUGACAAUACAAAAAGAGAAAGAAAAACACUUGAAUAUUGAAAAUAAGACUGUAGGAUUACAGAUCUAUUUUUAUUGUCUUUGACCUGUAAAAGAGCCCUGCACUUCUAUAGAUGAAAGAUUGGCAUGUACAUUUGUUUGUAUUUUAUAGUUUUAACACAUUAGGAUGAAGAGUCUAUGUACAGCGUCUUUAUUUCUUCUUCAUUUUUUUUCUGGGGCUGCACAUAUCUAGAGUGUAUGUGUAUGCCAUCUUGGGUCCCCUGCUAACAACCAGCAGGCCUUUUGAUCCAAGAUGGCUGCCGCUGUUU